AUGAUGUUCAACCUGAUGGUUGCCCUCAUGGGCGCUUCUAUGGUCAAUGCUCACAUGAUUAUGAGCAACCCAACCCCUUACAGCAAGGCCACUCUCAACAACUCGCCGCUGGCGGCAGAUGGCAGUGACUUCCCCUGCAAGCUUCGCGAUAACGCCUUUGAGGCCCCCGCAACCGAGACAAUCCUCGCCGUCGGCGAGAAUAUGAAGCUCGCAUUCGAAGGCAGCGCCAUCCACGGCGGCGGUUCCUGCCAGAUCAGUCUGACAAAAGACCUCCAACCCUCCAAGUCCUCCUCGUGGCAGGUGAUCAAGUCCUUCGAGGGCGGCUGCCCCGCCCUGAACUCUAAUGGCGACACCGAUCUCAGCUUCAAGGUGCCCGAAGGCAUCUCCGCUGGAAAGUACACUCUGGCUUGGACUUGGUUCAACCGAAUCGGCAACCGCGAGAUGUACAUGAACUGCGCCCCAAUUACCGUCACCGGCGGUUCGUCCAAGCGCUCCAACCAAGAACUUGAGAAGCGCGCCGCCAGUUUCCCGCCCUUGUUCGUCGCCAACGUCAACGGCUGCACCACCACGGAGAUGGUUGAUAUUCGUUUUCCCAAUCCCGGUGAGUACAUCGAUUAUCUCGGUGUACCAGCCAAUCUUGCUCCCGCAUCCGACCCUGUUUGCAAAGGUACCCCUACCUUUGGCGGCGCUGGCCUUGCGGCAUCCGGCUCCAGUUCCAGCUCCAGUUCCGGCUCCAAUUCCGGCUCUGAUUCCGGCUCUAGCUCCUCUUCCGCCGUCGUGGAGAGUACCCCCAGCGCCACCGCCUCAGCUUCUGAAUCCUCUUCCGUCGCUGCAGAGAGUACCCCCACCGCUGCCGCCUCAGCCUCUGCCGACCCAGCCCCAGAAGCAAGCGCAUCAAGCGAGCCGUCCGAGUCUCCGAAAGCCUCACUUCCUGCCGCUCCCUCCUUUACUGGGUCUUCCAGCGUUCCCAGCUCUAGCUCGAGCUCGAGCUCCGGAGCUCUAACCGGCACCUGCAAGACCGAAGGCGAGUGGAACUGCAUCGCUGGCACUUCCUUCCAGCGCUGCGCUCAAGGUACUUGGUCCGCCACUCAGCAGAUGGCAUCUGGCACUGAAUGCGGCCCUGGUCAGAGUGCCGACUUCACGAUUAUGGCGACCAAGAAGGCGCGCCAUAUCUCCAGCAUGCGCUUCCGCAAGCGUAACCUUGGUUCCCAUCAUGUGUAG